GCCUUCGACAGCGUCGAUCGAGAGGUCAUUUGGAAACUACUUCGCUACUACGGGGUCCCAUCGACAAUUAUACACCUCAUCCAACAGUUAUACGACAAUGCUGCAUGCCAAGUAAUCCACAACGGGAAACUUACGGAAGCCUUCGAAGUGAGGACGGGAGUGAGGCAAGGCUGUCUACUAUCACCAAUGAUCUUCCUGAUUGCAAUUGA